AUGGCACAGUUUGUUAAAGACUCUGAACAGUUUGUUGAAGACUCCAGCCUGGGGGACUGGAAGGUGAUUGGAAGAGGGGGUUUUGGACAAAUCUUUAAAGCCAGGCAUCAUCAGUGGGGCUUUGACGUGGCCGUUAAACUGCUUCUUAAGGACGAGGGGAACGAGAAGUCUUUGCUGCGUGAGAUCAAGAUGAUGCGUCAAGCCACCUGCCAGCAUGUUAUGGCCGUCCGAGGGAUCUUCAUGGGUCGAACACCCUCCUCUGGUGGGUCAACACAGCUUGGUGUUGUCAUGGAUCUCAUGGAGAGAGGAUCACUGGCCUCCCUAUUGGCAGCAUUGAGGGGACCUCCACCCUGGCCGCUGGUCUUCAGACUGGCUCACCAAGUGGCUCUGGGUAUAAACUUCCUCCACAGUCUGCCCCGUCCCGUGCUCCACCAGGACCUGAAGCCCCAAAACGUGCUGCUGGACGAUGCUCUUAAUGCCAAGACAUUCCCAGUUCACCCGCACUACCCGUUUGUCAAGGUCUUUGUCUAA